AUGAAAUUAGUGAACGGACAAAUGUUAGAUCAAGGCAACCAAUCGUUUGGACAAAUGAAAUCGCUGGAAGAAAAACUAGAAAAAGAAAUCAACAAUUCGGUUUCGAAAAUGAAGGAGAUUAUAACUAAUGACGACAUUUCACGAUUGAACUUUUCUUUUUCUUUCCUGGCAAGAAUUACACAAGCUUUCCCCGAGGAUUGCACGAAAGUUAUUCGAAGCUAUGCAAAAAUUCAGAACACCACCGGUGGAGAUAUAUAUCCAGAGUCGAGAGACAAACUUGUCGAAGUUUACUGCGAUAUUGUAACAGAUGGAGGCGGAUGGAUCGUCUUUCAAAGAAGAAUGAAUGGAACGGAAAACUUCUACAGAGAAUGGAACGACUAUGUCAAUGGAUUCGGAGAAAAAAAUAAAGAAAUGUGGUUAGGCUUGGAAACAAUCCAUCAGCUAACUAAAGAGAGAAGUUACGAACUGAGAGUUGAUUUAGCAGAUUUUAACGGAAACACUGCAAAUGCUAAAUAUGGGACGUUCUCAAUCUCAUCUUCGAGCGAUCGAUAUCGGUUGAUACUUGGAGAAUAUUCUGGAACGGCUGGAGAUUCAUUGACCAUUCAUAACAAUAUGCAGUUUAGUACGAAAGAUUCUGACAAUGACAAAUAUUCCGGCAGCUGCGCAAUCGAUUACGGUGGCGCUUGGUGGUACAAUCAGUGUCAUCUUUCAAACCUGAAUGGGAUGUAUUACCAGGACGGGCGAGUUAUUACGAAAUCCGUUAAUUGGUAUCACUGGAAAUUAGAUCGCCAAUCUCUGAAAUUCAGUGAGAUGAAGUUCCGGAAAAAACAAUAACUUCUCAAUUGCUGCAUUCAAUGAAACAUUUCAAUAUGUAAUGUUAUUACAAUACUCUGUAUAUUAUUAGUCCGUUGUGGUAUCACGCGUUCCUCAAAAACUUUUUUGUAUUAAAUUAAUGACUCAAUAAUGUAAAAAAAUGGUUUCACCUAUGUCUAAUUUUUCCGUUUUAAAACUACAUCAAAAAUGAAGAUUUGCUGAAAAUAUAUAGAAUGUGUAAGAUAUUGGGUUGACACACAUUAUCUCAAUGCAUGUGCUAAAGAAACUUCUUUAUUAAGCGCAGUCUACUUUAAUCGUGUAUUUCAUAAUUGACCAACGAAAGCUUACAAUGAAUCUGAAAUUCUGUGAUUAAAAUAGCAUGUUAUCGUCGUCACAUUACUAUUUUUGUUCAAUUUUAUUUUCGCAAUGAAUUAUUUUCAGAGUUGCCGACAGCAAUGUGAAGAUAUUUUGAAUUACAGUCAUUGUGCCGCUUCUGACAAUAAUUUUUUAUUCGAUUCAUUAAAUGAACGCGUUUUCAUGAAUUUAUAUUGCGAGCCUUUCGCAUCAAGAGCAUGAGUGGGAAUCCGUUCUUGCAAAGUCUUGAUAUUAACGUACCUACUUUUUUUGUUUUAGAAGUUCGACGACUUAAGCAAAUGGGUAAUGUGUAGCACAGCUGAUGACUAGCGUAACAUUUGGCGUUUCGAAAGGUAUGAACUAAAUUUGUGAAAAGCGCGUCACGUUGAUGUAGCUUACGUAAUCACAUACAUACAUGUUCUGAAAUGAGGAAAGCUGUUGUUGGCGCGUUCGAUGCAAAAAAGAACAUGUUGUUAGAAUUUUGAAUCCCACACCUGGUCAACAUACUUUGUCGCUUUAUGUUUAUUAUGUAUCGACUGUCUGUCCGUCGUUUAUAUGCAUUUUACAUACUAUUUACUUGUUUAUCGUUAUAAUUCUAUUUGGCAUCCGAGACAGGUGUUUCAAAUGUCUGGAAUAAAUACCUAAUAAUAUUCUGUGCAAAAAAAACGAAAUCAUUGUACUCUAUCGCUAUAUUUCCAUUCUUAUAAUCGUACUUACUGCUGUAUUCAAAGGUCUGCGAGCUAAUAUAUUUUAUUGCUACGUUGAAUCACACUUCCUAUUAUAUUUUCUGCUACCUUUCUAAUAUAAAGUUCCCCAUUGGGACAAACAAGUAUGAAUAAUAUACUCAAAAUAUUGCAUUGAAUAUUGUUGUUUUUUUAUCAAGUAUGCAUGGACCAAUGAAAGCUUAGAAUAAAUCAUUCUGUGAUCGAACAAUAUUAUAUUAUCGUCGUCACAUAGUUUUAGAUAAACACUAUUCAAAUAUAAAAACCAGUGAUAAAUUCGAAUACUCACUAUUGAGUCUAUAUUAUCAUGC